AUGAGUUCUAAGGAAAAGGCUAUUCAUGAACAAGAAAUUGUGGAAACAAAUGAUAGGGUCGAUACAUUGAAUCUUGAGAUAGAUCCCAAAGAUGAAAGGAAGUUCCUUAUUAAGAUGGACUUCAGAUUGAUGCCAUUGUUUUGUAUGAUGUUUUUCUUUUCAUAUUUAACUAGAAGUAAUUUGGGUAAUGCUAAGAUUGCUGGUUUAAUGGAAGAUCUUAAUCUAACAGAUUCUCAAUUUUCAACUGCUAGUUCGGUAUUAUAUUCCACUUAUAUAACAGCUCAAAUUCCUGGUGUUUUAUUGAUGAAAAAAUUCAAAGCUAGAGCUAAUUGGUAUUUGGGUUUGAUGAUGAUUUGCUUUUCCUUAGUUACAUUAUUUGCAGUAUUCCUCGAUAAUUUUGGAGGAUUAAUCACUCAUAGAGUUUUGAUAGGUUUAUUUGAAGGUUCAUUCUUUAGUUGUAUGUCGGUUUAUAUUUCAGAUUGUUAUUUUCCUCAUGAAUUAGGUAAAAGAUUUGCUUAUCUUUUCUCAGCAUCAGCUAUAUCUUCAUCUUUUGGAGGCUUAAUCGGUACUGGAAUAACCAAAAUCGAAGGAGGUCCUUUGGCUAAAUGGAGAUAUUUAUACUUAAUUGAGGGGUUAUUGAAUUUCGUGGCAGCAUUGGUGGUAAUUUGGAAAUUACCUCCCGAUGCUUCAACUAUAUUUAAAACUGAAAAAGAACAAGAGAUAUUCAGAAUCAGAGAUAUUAAAAGGAAGCAUUUCAUGGGUAAUGAAGAAUUUAGCUUCAGAAAUGUCUUACAAUCUUUCAAAUCAGUUAAGACUUAUACUUCAAUUGUCAUUCAAUUUUGUCAAGAUAUUUGCAUGUAUGGUUUUACCACUUUUUUAUCAUCAAUUUUGAAGCUUGGUUUAGGAUUUGAUAGUUUGCAAGCCCAAUAUUUAACCAUACCGGUUUAUGUGUUAGCCGGAAUAAUUCUCAUCAUCGCUGCUGCUUUGGCAGAUAAGUGGAGAAUAAGGGGUCCAUUGAUUGUAUUUUUGAAUUUGUUUUCAAUUGCCGGAUAUUCGGUUAUAUUGGGGUGUAAGAAUGAUGCUUUGAAAUAUUUUGGAUGCUUUUUAAUAACUGUUUCAUUAUUCUCAAACGUAAGUUUGAAUGAAUCUUGGUUGGCUGUUAAUAGUGCCCCUGCCGAUAGAAGAGCCGCAUCCAUAGGAGCCAAUCAAACUUUCGGAAAUGCUGCUGGAAUCAUAGCUCCCUUAGUAUAUAGAGCUGCACCUUAUACUUUAGGACAUGCUUUCAGUUUAGGAUGUAUGGUAGUUGCAGCUUUGGUUGCAUUGGGUCAACACUUUAUGUUCAAAAGAAUCAAUGCAAAACGUCUCUCAUUAUUGGAUACUGCUGAAGAUGAAGAAAUUGAAAUUGCCAAAGGUGAUUUAUCAGUUACUUAUAAAUUUAUUACUUGA